CUUGCUUGCUUGCUUCUCCCUUUUCGGAGAUCCCUUGGAUGGGGACCACAAGCCAGUGUCCCACCUCGGCCUCCCCUCCCUCUUUGCGGGGAGUGCAGGCAUUUCUUGCGGGGAGGAAAGCAGGGAGAAAAGCUCUUUUCAUCCGGAAAGCUGAGCAGAGAGAGCCAGGGUAUCAAACAUUAACCAAUUCAUUUUGGAACUUAUAUAUCCAAUCUGCCUGGAGAGAGUGACCCUGAGAUCUUUAGUAAUGAGGACUCUAAAUGACUCUAAAUGAAAGUUAAACUGGCUUUGGCAUAAGCCAAUGUUACUACUUUUACAGCUAUUCUGAUAACAGUGAUCUCUACCAAAAGCCGUGUUCACUGGAAAAGCAAAUAUCAAAGGUUAGUGCAAUUUUUCAGGAACACAGUUUAUUGUAGGAUUCUUGUUUCUAUUCAUUGCUUGAUUCUUCUUUGGUAAUAUAGUAAACAGAUUAAGGAACAACAACAAGAAGUGACAAGAAUUUGUGGCUACUUCUGUUACUGUUUUUUUCAUCCGUUAAGUGGGAUACGGAAGAUUUUAUUUUUUUUGCAAAAAAACAACUCCUUUUUUCCACCUCUCUUGAAAUAAAGUUCCCCAUUUACUGGAAGUCACGCAUUCUUCCUUUGUCACAAAGCUGUUGGUGUCGAAAGGGAUGCAAAGACUGGAAUAAUUUGGGGAAAUCCUGUUUCAAAAUGCUGAUUAUCGUGGCAGACUGGACAGGAAGCUGGGUCUUCUUCCUCAGUGUUUUUAUAACACCUUGGGACUUUGGACUGGCCAGGAAAGGCCCAGCAAUACUACAUCAUUCCUUCAUCACUGUUUGGAAUGCACCCAGUCAAGUCUGCCAAGAGAAAUACAAUGUCUCCUUGGACCUGGGAAUAUUUGAUGUUGUCCUCAACCAGAAUGAAUCUUUCUCAGGAGGGGAUAUCACCCUUUUCUACAGCAACAGGUUGGGAUAUUAUCCUUACUACACGGAGGAUGGAUUUCCAGUCUUUGGGGGUCUCCCACAAAAUGGCAGUCUAAAAGAUCAUCUCCAGAAGGCUCAGCAGGACAUUAAGGAAGCCAUUGAGGAGGUGGACUUCAAAGGCUUGGCCGUGGUGGACUGGGAGAGCUGGCGUCCUUUGUGGGUUCGGAACUGGGAUUCCAUGGAAAUCUACCAGAAUAAGUCUAUAGACCUGGUUAAGGAGAAACAUCCAGACUGGCCGGCUGAUAAAGUGGCCAGGACAGCCCAGCUAGAAUUUGAGCAAAGUGGCCGAGCAUUCAUGGAACAAACUUUGGCUCUCGGCAAAACUCUGAGGCCUGAAGGUUUCUGGGGUUUCUAUGGUUUCCCAAGCUGCUAUAACUAUGAUUACAAGAAUGCAAGUUACACAGGGGACUGUCUGGAGAUCGAGAAACAGAGGAAUGAGGAACUGCAGUGGCUCUGGAACCAAAGCCGAGCUCUGUACCCCAGCAUUUAUCUCCCCAGGGAUCUUGAAUUCCUCAGCAACAAGACCCUCAAGUUUGUCCGACCUCGAAUCCAGGAGGCUUUCAGGAUGGUGAACCAAUCAGGGAAUGGCAGCAUCCCAGUCUUACCUUAUGCUUCCCUUGCUUAUGAAUUUACUCAGAUAUUCCUCACACAGGAGGACCUAGCCCACACCAUUGGAGAGAGUGCUUCUCAAGGGGCAGCUGGGGUCAUCUUAUGGGGGAGCUCCAAUUACAGUUAUUCACAGGAAGCCUGUCUUGGAGUGAAGAAGUAUGUGGACACUCUGCUUGGCCCAUACAUUGUGAAUGUAACCAGCAGUGCCAAGCUAUGCAGCCAAGUUGUGUGCUCCAAGAAUGGCCGUUGCGUGCGGCAGGACAAUCACCCAGAAGCUUUCCUGCAUCUCAGUCCUGAUCACUACACCAUCACUAAGCACCCCAAGGAGCCAGGUUUCAUUCUGACAGGUUACUUGUCUAAGGAGGAUCUGGUCAAGAUGAUUGAAGAAUUCAAGUGUCGGUGCUAUAGUGGAUGGGAAGGCCUGCGGUGUGAGAAAAGGUCAAGCAAUAAUGAGAGAUAGUUGUCUUAGAUCCUAGACUGUUCUGGUCCCCAGGACUCACCAAGCAGUCUGGAUGAUAGUCUCCCCUUGUGUUAUUUAGCCCCACCCCUUCUGUAAUGGUGUAGUGGCUUGAGUGUUUGAAUGUGACUUUGGAGAACAGUGUUCAGCAAUGAAAACUCACUGGAUAACUUUCCACAGGUCACACACUCUCAACCUCAGAGGAAGACUACAGCAACCCCUCCCCCCCCACAAACAAAAUUUGCCAGGAAAACCCUAUGACAGGUUUAGCUGAAAGUCUUCACAAGUCGGGAACAUUUGAAGGCACACAACAACAACAAUUUCCCUAAUGCUCAUUUCCUCUUUCUCCAUUCAGGGGUACAUCUGAAGUUCCUUGCCCCAUUCUGCAUAAAGACGGUCCCUUUUGAGUGCCCUUGGCCUAUCCAAUUACAAAGGUUUGCAUCAUGUAAGAAAAUGUUCCCUAUUUCAGAGACAGUGUACCUUUCUUCCCCAUCAAGGGGAAGAUUGGAAGCAUCCAUAUACCGCAGGUUCUCUUCCCUUGUGCCAUAUGGGCCCCAUUCAGCAAUUUAUCCAAUCCUCCUUUAGAGUAAAACCAUAUACCCUGUAUCAGUGGGGAAUGAUAUGCCCCAGGGCUUGCAUUGGAUACACUUAACUGCAGAUAAUAGCAAACCCUAUUGAAUUGAUGACUUCUGGUGGAAGCAUACCUUAAAGUCACACUGGAGAACCUAGGAAAUGCCUAGAACAGACACCUUUCUAGUCAUAGUUAGGUCCUCCAGUAUGACUUCGUGGCCAAAUUCCAGCAGAAGCAUACGAUAGCAUCACCCGGAAGGCUUAGAAAAUACCAAGGAAGGACAUAUAUUGUCAGAUGUAAAUGAAACCACAGGUACUGCAGAUGCAGGAGUCAUACUGUAUAUUCCUAUGUUUGCACAUACAUAGCCUUUCUGUGUGUGAUUGAUAAGUGCACAUAUUCUUGGCUGCCAUAGUAAUGUUUUUGCUAUAGGUUGAGGUGAGUGAUGUAUAAGAGUAGAUUUUGUAUGUCAAGUGGGAGUCAUGCAUUUGUUUACAGAUUUUACUCAGUAAGAUGGAUUGAAUAUAUUUGCCAAAAAUGAGUUUUCAGUCUUUUGAGAAAGGACAAAACAAAGUUGAGAUCACUAUUGCUGAUCCUGGGAGGACCAAAAGGUGGCAAUGUUGUGCCACAUUGUGAGACUGAAACCAUAUUUCAUCCUCUGCCUAAGCACUUUUUGAAAGCAUGUCUUACCAUUUACUAGAUUGUGUUCUAUCUUCAUGCACAUAGAGGUACGCAUUGAGAUAGACCUACCUUUACUGAAUUUGUGGAAGCCAAAGAUUACUUUUCUGUGAUAUCUAUCAGAAGCUGGGGAUGGACAGACUUUGAGGCUGAGGAAUAUAUAGGCUGUCCCCAAGUUACAAACAUCUGACUUAACAACUCAAUUCCACUUGGGCGUUUUGAGUCAAAGCAUCCAGCUGCAUGCCACCAACUGUUCCCAUUUUGCCCUCAUCCAGAUAAUCAUGUUCUACUUUGCUAUGCAUAUCUGCACUACAGUUUGGUUCUAUUGUCUGAAAGCUUUCAAUUGCUUUGCAUGGUGAAAGACUAAGUUUUAAACCCAACAUGUUUAUGUCUCUAGUAGCAGUGUU